AUGCUUCAAACUUUCUCUGUUCCUCUCAAUUUACCUCCCAAAUUGAUGCAUUACAAUGCGGAAAUUUUUCCAUCGGUCGACAUGGCAGAAACUGGAGCUGAAAAUAUGCCCGAGUCUGAGCAUGUUAAUGGUGGCGAUGCUGGUAAAAUAAUUGCUGUACUACCUUCUAUGGAAUCGCCUCCGGAAGUGAGCAGAAACGCUGCUGCGCUGAUUUGGACUUCAGAAACGGAUAACCGGCUUUCUACUCCAAGCACGACAGCGGACUUACAAACAGCAAGCUUAUCGUUCCAACGGCGUCUAGGACUCAAUUACACACCCCAGCGGGACAUUCAGCAGCUGUCAAUUGGCCCUAAUGGCAGUUGA